UUCUGUUCCAUUAAAUUUACAUUACAUGUGUUGUAGAGGAGAUGACUAAAGUAAAAUGUGACAAAGAAGUGCAACUUGAAGAGCUGUCAGAAACUCUGAAAGAAAUCCAUGAUUUGAAAGUACAGCUGACUAGUACAGCUGAAAAGGAACAAGAUUAUUUAAACCAGCUUUUGACUCUGAAAACAGAUCUUGAACAAGAGGAGUUGAAGAAUGAACAACUAACAGUGUAUCUCAAUAAGCUUUCACUAGAGAAAGAACAAAUAGCACAAGAGAAAAAUGGUGUGGCUGCAGAACUCAAGAGGCUGCAAGAAAAACAAGAGGAUAGUAAGAAAAAAGAAGAAAAUACAAAGCAGUUAGUUGAAAACCUAGAAGAGGCAAAUAGCCAGCUAAGAAGUGAACUGGAGUCUUUGAAGGAGAAAAUGGCAAAGACAGGUGAAGAGGUUAAAAGUAAACUGGAUGAAAGAGAAGAAAACAUGAAUAGUUUAAAGAAACAGGUGGAAAAUAAAACCAAACACAUUGAAGAGUUGCAGCAGGAGAAUAAGGUGCUAAAAAAGAGAAUUACUGCAGAAAGCAAGAAAAAUAGUAUUUAUGAAGGGAAGGUGAAUAAAUUGCAGUUAGAGAUGGAAAAUAUGAACAAAGAACAUAAGGAAGCAGUUGACAUCUAUCAAAAAGACAUAGAAACAAGAAAAAUGAAUAGAAACAAGAAAAAUGAACAGGUAGAAAAGUUGAGGUUGCUUUAUGAUGAAACAACAAUGAUACAAAGAGAAACUGAUAUCAGAUGUCAGCAUAAGAUAACUGAAAUGGUGGCACUUAUGGAAAAGCACAAGAACGAAUAUGAUAAAGUGAUUGAAGAAAAAGAUGCAGAGUUAAAAGUAUAUAAAAUAAAACUGCAAAAGCAGUUAUCAUCAGAAAGAGCACUGGAAAAUGAGCUGUCAUGUUUGAAAAGUGAACUGUCAUCCCUUAAGGAAGAACUGAAAGCAGAAGUUGAAGAGAAGGAGACUCUUGUAAAAGAGCACUCUCAAAAGAUGAUUUCUGAAAGUGAAAAGAAACACAAGACAUACAUUGUAAAGACUCCUCCAGUAGAUAAACUGCAAAGUGGAAGAAGCACAAACCUACCUUCAGAGGAGAGCACAAGGAAAAAGCAAAAAGUGUUUCUCCAGUUGGAUAGUCAGUCAGACAGCUCUGAGUACACUGACCUCCUGAGCAUAGUCUCGGAAGAAGAAAUGUUUAAAAAAUUGUACAAAGAUUAUCCACAAGCUUCACAAUUACAUUCCACAGCACCAAAAAAGACACCAACUUCAUCCAAUGUGAAAUCUCCAGGCUCUUCACUGAGAUUCAAAACAAUGAGGAGAACGCGCCAGGCGGACUGGACUGCGGUUUCCAAAAUGGACAGGAAAAGAAAAAUGAAAGAAGCUGCAAAGUUAUUUACUUAAAAUGCAGAAAUACCCAGUGCCUGGGCAUUGCUUAUGGGUGCCACCAUAGGGUUGUUAAUCUCUCAGAGUUAGUACUUUGUUGCAUU